ACUGUAAAAUGGGUGGUCUAUAUGCGGUCAUGAUAAUUCCGGAAUUUGACUGUAAGACGGGUUAUCUACAUAGCCGUGAUAUUUCGAAUUUAAAUUCAAAAUUACAGAAUGUCCGCGAACAUGGUUUUAUUUAAACUAUAAAACGAAAAAUGGUAAAUUUGGUAAAUAGACCUUCUGUUAUUAUUGUAGCGUUGUUAUAUUAGAUUUAAAUCGAAGUACAUGUUAAUUUAUUUUAUUUGCCAAGGUAAGAGCAAGUUUGUCGUUUGAUUUUAUUAAUAUUACAUCUGAGUAGUUCACUAAAAAGAAAAUUGAACUCGUGUUCAUGUUUAUUAGUUAUUUCCUAACAAAAAACACAUCAAUAUUUUCUUUUGCACAAAAAAUUGAUACGUAUAAGACUAGUAAAUAGGUGUACGAAGUUUUGUGAUCAAUUAAUUUUGCAGCAAUUAUGUAUUUUAUGUAAGUUGUGACGCUUGUCUUUCGCCUAUUUAUCUAUUAAGACCUAAUUAAAUCUCUUAAACAUAAUUUAUUUCUUUUAUCGUACACUUAUCGUUUGUUUCGACUUUUUAUUGGCUCCCUCUCUCAAUUUCUCCCUACCAUUUCAUUGUCUUCUGAAGAGAGAAGAGUGCUGUGUAUGUAACCAUAGAUAAUGUGUGAAUUUCCAUUUAUGUUCAAAGAAAAGUGAGUAUAAAAUUAACAUGAAAACAUGCCGGCGUUAUCAGAAAUCCAUUAAUUAAGAUCAUUCGAUUGACCGAUUGAAGUCCCUAUAGGGAAUGCGUUCGCGAAAUGUUGGUGCGUUCGGGAAUUGUAAGGGAAAGUGCUCCAGUGUUACUUUAAGUUAUGGGAUAGUAUGAAAUGGUAUCUAGUAUCCAGUUCAUUAGCGAAUGAUGGAGAAUGGGCAUUGGAGAAUGGAACUAUGUGCAUUUUAAUCACAAAUUUUUGUUUUAGGUUUAUCAACUAAUCAUUGAGUUGAUGUCAGCUAGAGAUCCAAACAUCUACUGCGAUGGUUCGUGUUUUGUCCACAUCCAAUUCUUGAUUUUCGAAAAGAACUUUUCCUAUAUUGAGAGAAUCCACACACUGUUGAUGGGGCAAUUUCGCCGUGAAUCUGGAACGGAAAGGCAGAUUAUGGGAAACCGGAAGGAAGGAUGCAAUAGAUCUAGAUCAAACAAUAGACAGUUACCUGGUUCCCCAGUUACUUGGUUCCCUGGUAGAGGUUUCCUUAAUUUUUCCUUUAGUUUGGUGCUUAGAAUUUGGAGUUGGGGUUCUUUCAAUGGUUCCGUUGUAACGAGUUGGUUCUGAAAUACCGGUACAUCCCUUAAACCAUGACAGGUAGAAAGAUGGAUCUUUUGUGCGAGUUUACCUUCGGG